AUGAACUGCCGGCAGACGAUGGAGCUCACUGAGCUGCAGGACUCCGUCAGGACUACAACAGGUCAGUCUCACGUGAUUGGUUCAUCUCAGCCAAUCGUUGCAACAGUUGGUGAUGACAUCAUUCUCCCAUGCCACCUGCAGCCUGCAGUGGAUGCUUCAGGUAUGACUGUGGAGUGGACGAGACCAGACCUGGAGCCCAGAUUUGUUCAUGUGAGGCGUGACAGAUUGGAGCUGAAGAGUAAGAAACAUCCGUCCUACAGAGGAAGAACGUCUCUGUUCACUGAUGAACUGAAGCACGGAAACAUUUCACUGAAACUCUCCACAGUGAAGCUGUCUGAUGAAGGAAAGUACAGAUGUCUGAUCCCAGAACUGGGCCACGCUUUAGUCCAGCUCCUUGUUGGUGCCGUCUCCUCACCUUUCAUAGCAAAUAUGAACAGAACCAGCCAUGGAGUGGUUCUCCAGUGUGAGUCUUCUGGCUGGUAUCCAGAGCCUGAGGUGUUGUGGCUGGACGGUGAGGGAAAGCUCCUCUCUGCUGGACCUACAGAGAGAGUCAGAGGUCCUGAUGACCUCUAUACUGUCAGCAGCAGAGUGACUGUGGAGAAGAGACACAGCAACAGCUUCACCUGUAGAGUCCACCAGAAGGACACCAACCACACCAGAGAGACACACAUCACUGUUCCAGUUCUGACAUGGCAUCUGUUUUUGGUUUUGCCUUAUGCUGCUGACCAUUAUUCUUGUUAG